AUGGAGUGUGAGAAACUUGAGCAUCUCUUCAUAUACAGGGGCCCAUUCCUGCCAGGCAUGAGUUUUAAUGAGUUUCCUCCCAGCUUGCGCGUAAUGACCUCACUAAACCUCACAAAGAUGCAUGCUUCUUCACAGAACAGAGUUGCAUAUUCUCAAAUUCCCGCCAAAGUCACUUCAGGUUCUUCACUCGUAAAAUUAAGGUUAUAUGGAUUGAAAAAUAUGGAAAGGCCACCAGAUGGAAUGGAAAAUCUAACAAAGUUAGAGCAAUUAUAUUUAAGAGGUUGCCUUCAGUUGAGGGAAUUGCCUUCCAAAUUUGGGCAACUGAACAAUCUAAAAGAGCUGCGUCUAAGUCAGUGCCAAGAAUUGAAAGAGUUGCCUUCAAACAUUGGGCAACUGAGCAAUUAG